CGUGAUUUACCAGACCCCAUUGUGUGUUCAUCCUUCAUGAACCCGGUGUGAAAUCCCAUCCUCCCUUUUUUUCCCUCCUCCUCGUCUCUCUUAGUCAUAGCCAGCUGGUACAAAGGAGUGGUAUUCAUUCCUUUUUGACUCCCUCCCCUUUUUAUUCCCGCUGUCCCAGCUGCUCACUGCCUCUACCCCCUCCUUUUGCUCCCUUUUCCUCCUCCUUCUCCUGUCUUAACCUCCUUUCCACUGUCAUUUUGCUGAGAUGGCGCGUGUAGAAGAUGGCUCGUUGCUCAGGUGCUGGCGGCAGACUCCAGGAAGCAGCCAAGCAGGCAGCAGGACCAGACUGUUUACUCAGACAGUUGGGUGUCUUCUGGUAUAGUGGCCUCAUUAAUGCACCUGUAACUGAGCUCUUAUUUUUAUAUACAUAACUGUGCGUGAAGAGGAUCGUUUCAGCUGAAUGGAUCAUACAUUGUAAGAUGUUUUAGGGAAUUUUUAAGGGCGUGAAAACGAGGACCUCUGUGCCGCCCUAUUUGGCUUUUAUCUGCACACUGUGAAAACCUGCUGAGGAGGGUACAAGAACACAAACUAAAGGAAGAGGAUCCUUCGUUCCUUACACACCUGUAAGGGCAUCUUCAACCAGAACAGAAUAAAAGGAGGAACAAAACCAAGUGAAGUGAAUACUUUCUCGAUUCAUCCCUUCAAUCCCACCUGAGUGGAUUAAUUAUUGGAGCAGCAGCAUGGCGCACGCUGCAUCGCAGCUGAAGAAAAGGGCUGACGAGAACCUCAAUGCUGCCGAGGAGGAGAAGGAGAAGAAGAAGGCGAGGAAGCGUUCUCGUGAAGUGAAGAAAAAGCCGACUGACAUUAAUGCCUGCUAUCUGAGAGCAGCUCGGGCUGGAAACUUAGAAAAAGCUUUGGACUACCUGCAGAAUGGAGUAGACAUAAAUAUCUGCAAUCAGAAUGGUCUGAAUGCUCUCCAUCUGGCCUCCAAAGAGGGUCAUGUGGAAGUCGUAGCUGAGCUUAUCAAGCAGGGCGCCAAUGUGGAUGCAGCUACUAAGAAAGGCAACACUGCCCUCCACAUUGCUUCUUUGGCCGGGCAGACUGAAGUGGUGAAGGAACUAGUCUCAAAUGGCGCAAACGUCAACGCACAGUCUCAGAAUGGCUUCACGCCACUCUACAUGGCAGCUCAGGAAAAUCACUUGGACGUGGUGCAACUCUUACUUGAAAAUGGUUCCAGUCAGAGCAUUGCUACUGAGGAUGGUUUCACACCACUGGCAGUGGCGCUGCAGCAGGGCCAUGACCAAGUGGUCUCACUCCUCCUGGAAAAUGAUACUAAGGGAAAGGUUCGCCUCCCUGCACUGCACAUCGCCGCACGGAAGGAUGACACCAAGGCAGCUGCCCUUCUUCUCCAGAACGACCACAACGCAGACGUGGAGUCAAAGAUGAUGGUGAAUAGGACAACAGAGAGCGGGUUCACCCCCCUCCACAUCGCAGCUCACUACGGCAAUAUUAAUGUAGCAACGCUGCUGCUAAACAGAGGGGCAGCCGUGGACUUCAAGGCAAGGAAUGACAUAACACCUCUGCAUGUAGCAUCAAAACGUGGGAACAGCAACAUGGUACGGCUGCUGCUGGAGAGAGGCUCCAAGAUUGAUGCACGGACAAAGGACGGCCUGACGCCACUCCACUGUGCAGCCAGGAGCGGCCAUGAGCAGGUGGUGGAAAUGCUUUUGAAUAGAGGGGCACCCAUCCUGUCAAAAACCAAGAACGGUCUGUCUCCUCUUCACAUGGCGACACAGGGUGACCACCUUAAUUGUGUCCAGCUGCUUCUGCAUCACGAUGUGCCUGUUGAUGAUGUGACCAACGACUACCUGACAGCGCUGCACGUGGCCGCCCACUGCGGACAUUACAAAGUGGCAAAAGUCAUUGUAGACAAGAAGGCCAAUCCCAAUGCUAAGGCUCUGAAUGGUUUCACUCCUUUGCAUAUCGCCUGCAAGAAAAACAGAGUCAAAGUGAUGGAGCUCCUUCUGAAGCACGGGGCGUCUAUUCAGGCAGUCACAGAGUCCGGAUUGACACCAAUCCACGUUGCAGCAUUUAUGGGACACGAAAACAUUGUUCAUCAACUGAUCAACUAUGGGGCUUCACCAAACACAAGCAAUGUGAGAGGGGAGACAGCACUCCACAUGGCGGCGCGGGCUGGACAGUCAAACGUGGUCCAGUACCUGGUACAGAAUGGAGCAUGUGUCGACGCAAAGGCUAAGGACGACCAAACUCCACUUCAUAUCUCCAGUCGCCUUGGAAAGCAGGACAUUGUUCAGCUGCUGCUCACUAACGGAGCAGACCCAGAUGCCACAACCAACUCUGGAUACACACCUUUACACUUGGCUGCCAGAGAGGGACACAAAGACAUAGCUGCAGCUCUGCUGGAUCAAGGAGCUAACUUGAGCGUUACAACAAAGAAGGGUUUUACUCCCUUACACAUUGCAGCAAAAUAUGGGAAGAUUGAGAUGGCGAACUUGCUGCUCCAGAAGAAAGCUCCACCCGACGCUGCUGGAAAGAGUGGACUAACUCCACUACAUGUAGCAGCACAUUAUGAUAACCAGAAGGUGGCGCUGCUUUUACUCAAUCAGGGAGCUUCACCACAUUCUUCAGCAAAGAAUGGCUACACUCCUCUCCAUAUUGCAGCUAAGAAGAAUCAGAUGGAAAUAAGCACAACUUUACUGGAGUAUGGUGCCCUAACAAACACAGUGACCCGACAGGGAAUCACUCCACUGCAUCUUGCGGCUCAAGAAGGCAGCGUUGACAUUGUGACACUGCUCCUCGCUCGAGGCUCUCCCAUUAACGCAGGCAAUAAGUCGGGUCUGACUCCACUCCACCUGGCUGCCCAGGAGGAUAAAGUCAAUGUUGCUGAAGUUUUAGUGAACCACGGAGCUAACAUAGACCCUGAGACCAAGCUGGGAUACACUCCUCUCCAUGUGGCCUGUCACUAUGGCAACAUAAAGAUGGUCAGCUUCCUUCUGAAACAUCAGGCGAAUGUCAACGCUAAAACCAAAAAUGGUUACACACCUCUUCAUCAGGCUGCACAGCAAGGACAUACACACAUCAUCAACUUACUUCUGCAUCACAGGGCGUCACCAAAUGAGCUCACCACUAAUGGUAACAGUGCUCUGUCCAUCGCAAGGAGGCUUGGCUACAUCUCUGUGGUUGAUACACUAAAGGUGGUCACAGAGGAAACUCUGACCUCUCAGACAGUCGUAGCAAAGCACAGGAUGAAUAUCCCAGAGACCAUGAAUGAAGUGCUGGACAUGUCAGAUGAAGAUGUCUUUAAAGCCAAUUUUCCUGAAAUGAUCACAGAUGACUAUUUUUCUGAUGUGGAAGAAGGCGAUGACGUGAUGACGGGGGACACGGACAAAUAUCUAGCUCCCCAGGACCUGCGGGAGUUGGGGGAUGACUCCCUCCCCCAGGAGGGUUACAUGGGCUUCAGCGUGGGCGCACGUUCACAGAG